GGAAGCAGGGCAUUUCAAGGACCUGCCUGGAUUGCUGUAAGUUGCCCUCUUCCAAAGGCUGGGGGAACACAGGCGUGCUGCUGGAGUAGUUCUCUUUAAACUGAUCAACUGCAUAAAUGAAGAUGACUUCAAUCAGAAAUGAGUUGGCCACAGCCAUGCGAUGGGAGCACCAAGCGGAUUUUAGAAGCUGUAAAACCUUGCAGCCCUGUUAACCAGAGGAGGUGGUACCUGACAAGUGGCUCUGACAGAUUUAAAAAAUGUGUAUUUAUCUGAGGCAAACCAUAUCUUUGGUUUGUAAGAAAAUAUGGAAUGUGUUGACUCACAUGAGACUAUGUUAAAGCUGGAAGAAGAGACUGAGACUGCUCUGCAGUCAGAUCUGCCAGAAUCCAAAUGAAGCACCAAAAAGUGAGUGAAGUGCACCCCCUUCUAGUUUCAGUUAACUUUAAUGCUUGCCUGACAUGACUUUUUCCACGAGAAUGUGGAUGUGGGUAAGUAUAAAUAACCCAGCACCUGUUCUGUGGCUAGAGAAAAGCACCUGUGCUUGUUUUGCACAGCACUUCUCUUCCUAGGAUUGUGUAGCUGCCAAAUUUAUCGGACCUGGGGGUUUCCCAGACCAUACUAAACUCUUUACUGUGCCUCCCUCUGCUCUUACAGCAUGGCUGUCUGCAUUUUUUUCAGUCCACUUGCAUGUGGCUCAGCAUUCAUGUGAUUUCCCAGUGAUAAGAUGGGAAGUUAGGCUAGGUGCUGUGUACCUGAGAACAUAAACAAGCAGCCAUACAGGAUGUGAAUGUAAACAUCAGAGAAUAUAGGCAGCCUUAAAGACCUUCCUGAUGAGGACUGGACAUGUCUGUCUAUAAAAGGGUUAAAAGGGUUGAUCCAAGGAGCACAAGGGAAGCAACAGCCUCAAGCAGUGGACCCCGAUCCCCAGUAAUGGCUCCUGCCAGAAGAUGCCCCUGCUCCAGGAGGGCAGCAGUGAAGAGAAGGAGACGGAGAGUCAAUACAUGUCCCCCAGAUGGGUCCAGGAAGGUUUUUUCACUUCUCCUCUCUGAAACUUUGACCUGGCUACAGAGAACCGAGUAACCAGAAGUUUCGGUGAGCAAGCACACAGAUGUCAGAUGUGCUAUUUUGCUUUUUCUGUUGAUGUCACAACGCGAACAUACAGAGUCAGUGCAUUGGGAUGUGGCUUUGCUUUUAGAUGAAGGGAAUCCUCUGGAGAGGAAAAAAAGGCACUCUGCUCUUUCCACACAGCAUCAGUCAUUGCUGGUGCCUGCCAGGGUUGAGACAAUCUCAGUGUGGUGCUACGACGUCCCCCAGCUCCUCACGGCUCUGUGUUACCCCCCGUGUGCUACCCCGAUAUGUGAUGGCUGGUGCUUAGGGGUGAGUAUAGAGCUGCUCCACGCCUGCUGUGAGCUCAUACCCGAAGAUGCUCGGUUGGAAAGAACCAUGUUUGGACUUGCGGCUGCACUCAGUUCUUCCAACCGCAGAACACCUUAUCCGCGAGCCAGGCCCUCACGCUGCCUCCAAACGGGCAGCGCCGAGCACGGCCACACUCCCCGCCCUGCCACCGGCCUCCCUUACGGCACGGAACUCGAGGCGGCCGGAACCAGCGGGACCACGCCCGGAGUGGUGGGAAGGAGCGCGACGACGGCACAGGAAGCGGGCCGAGCGGAAGGAGCGCGACAGCGGCGCCGGAAGCGGGGUCUGGGACCGUUUCCGAUUUCCGGCGUAGCCAUGAGGACGCGGCGCGGCACUGUCCUGAGACCGCCGCCGGGCAUCGCCGACCGCCGCGAUGCCGGAGAGGACGACGAGGAGGAAGUGCCCGGCGGAGAGGUGGGCCCCGAGGGCCUGGGAGACGAGGUGGAGGAUUUUCACGAGGCGCAGUUUCGGGAGGUGAUGGCGGCUCUGGAGAGCGGGGAGGAGGCCGGGGACAGCGAGGAAGAGGAGGAGGAAGAAGUACUGGGGCUGCAGCUGCCGGAGGAGGAUGAAGAUGAGGAGGAGGAGGAGGACGAGGAGGAAGGUGAACCUGGUGAGGAAGCAAGGGGAGUUGAGUUUUAUCUCGACCGCAGUGCAGAGGAGGAUGAAGGAGAUGAGGAGGAGGAGGAGGAUGAUGAAGAGGAGGAGGAGAAUGAAGAUGAGGAUGAGGACCUGUCCAUGGAGAGUGAUUUGGAAGAGCGCAGUAAGGACACUGAUCUCCCCCAUGAGCUGUCCUGGGGGCGACGCAAACAGCUCUACUACGACACAGACUAUGGGAGCGAUGCCCAGGCUAAGGGCAAACGUAGCCAGCAAGAUGUUGAUGCUGAGGAGGAGGAAGAGGAGCAAGAGGCUAAAGUGAUCCAAAAACGGCUGGUGGAGGACUUGGGGGAAGAUGAUUAUGGGCUGGAUGUGAUCCAGGGCUACCUGAUGGAGCAACAGAAAACCCAUGAUAGCAAGGGACAGAAAAUUGUCAAGGAUUUGCAGGCCCUUUCCAAGAAAGAGCAGCUGAAGCUACUGAAGCAGGAGUCUCCUGAACUCCUGCAGCUGAUUGAAGACUUUGAAGUCAAACUGAUGGAGCUCAAGGAUGAGCUGCACCCGCUGCUGCAAAUGGUAAAAAAUGGCACUAUCCCACAGGGGAAAGGCAGUCGCUAUUUGCAGACCAAGUAUCAGCUCUACUUGAAUUACUGUGCCAACAUCAGUUUCUACUUAGUUUUAAAGUCAAAACGAAUGCCAGUUCAUAGUCAUCCCAUCAUUGAACGACUGGUUGCUUACAGAAAUAUCAUCAAUGACCUAGCUGUGAUAGAUCAAAAGUUAUCCUCACAGGUUCGCCUGCUUCUGAAAAACUAUUACGAUAAGAAGGAGGAAAAACUCCGGGAGCGGAAGAAGUUUCCAGUGCUUCUUCAACCAGCUGCUAAGAAAACCAAACGAAAACGUGAACCUGAUCUUGCUAAUGGCCGGCUUGUUGCUGAGGAACUGGCAGAUGAAUCUGAUCUGGAUGGAGAGGCUGCGCUAAAAUACUAUAAGAUGAUGGAAGAGAAAUUGAAACUCAAGAGGAAGAGAACUGAAGAACAGGAAACACUCAAAGAACCAGUGACAGAAGAGGAUCCAAACCAGAAGAGAGGUGUGACUUACCAGAUGAUCAAGAACAAAGGCCUCACCCCCAGGAGGAAGAAGAUUGAUCGCAACCCCAGGGUCAAGCAUAGGGAGAAGUUCAGGCGAGCCAAGAUUCGCCGGAAGGGUCAGGUCCGAGAAGUUCGGAGGGAGAUACACAGAUACGGUGGGGAGCUCUCUGGCAUUCGUGCUGGAGUUAAGAAGAGCAGAAAGCUUCAGUGAAACUUAUUUCUCUCUGUUUAAGAGAGCUUCAAGUAAGAGUUCUGAAUGCAAUAAAAUUUUUGUAAAAGAUACUCUCUUGGUUUUUUUUUGUUUUGUUUUUUAAUCCUUGAGUGGGAGUUCUCCUUUGAGAGUUUCUUGUGUGCUCGUUUGCUUCUUUUAUAGGAGGAUGCUUUUCGGAAGGUGCCAUCUCUAGAAGUAGUACAGGGUGCCUUCCUCGUUUUGCCUGCUUGUUAGUGAGUUUUCCUCUAUUGGAAUGACCUGUGCUGUGAAUAUGGCUUUGAGAGGCUGUGAGGGUUAUGUCAAGCAAAGGGAUGGACGUGGAUCAGACAGGACUUAAGGGCAGCAGGAGAGAGAUGGAAGGUCCUCCAGAGGGUAGGCUGAGAAAAGAACUCGUGGCGGCCGGAACCAACAGGACUCUGCCCAGAGUGGUAGGAAGGAGCACGUGGCUAUCACUGCCAG